AUGAGAAUGACGGUACCCCUGCAAACAUCAGCUGCUCGAAUCGGACAUGAUCUUGAGAUCUUCCAAACGCUCGCCGUUUCUGGGCCGAAGACUCUUGAACAACUUCAGAAGCAGACGAAUGCGCAUCCCCUGACUCUAGGUCGCUUGCUUCGAUACAUGGCAUCUGUCGGCAUGAUCGAUGAACCGAACACCAAUCUCUUUGCAGCCAACAAGAAAUGCAAGAAUCUGGCCAAUGCGUCAGCGGUCACGAUCGUGACACACUUCUUCGAGAACUGUUCUCCUCUCUUCCAAGAGAUGCCGGCUUUCUUAAGCAGCAAAAAAUAUGGAGACAUCACAGACGGCAAAGACACCGUCUUCCAACCUGCUUACGGUACACAUCUCGACACAUACUCAUGGUUCGCUCAGAACGAGAUAAACAAAGAUGCACUCAUCAAGUACAUGGCUAUGGAGCAGUCGGUACGUGGUCGCUGGCUAGAUCAAUACCCGUUCGAGCGCGAGUCGCAAGGCUUGGAUGCAGACAAGCCCGUCUUUGUCGACGUUGGUGGCAAUGUAGGACAUUACUGCGCGCUGUUCAGGACCCGCUUUCCGAACAUUCCAGACCGUGUGAUAUUACAGGACCUUCAAUCUACAGUCGCGCAUGCGAUGCAAACGCCGGGUGUGGAAGUAAUGGGUCACGAUUUCUUCCAGGACCAGCCUACCAAAGGGAGCAAGUACUACCACCUCGGUUGGAUUCUCCACAACUGGAACGAUGCAAAGUCGGCGGAUAUCCUUCGUCAGAUCAAAUCUGCCAUGAAUGCGCAGUUCCGCCUUUUUUUAGCGUCGUUGGACUUGGUCAUGCUAGGCGCUUGCGGUAGUCGAGAGCGCACGGUGAAAGAGUGGGAGGAGCUCUUAGGAGAUGUCGGCCUCGCCAUCAAGGAGCGCAUCAUGUACAACCAUGAGCUCUGCCACGGCAUCAUUUGUGCUACGUUGGCUUGA